AUGCCUCCCCUGUACAGAGAGUACCAGGGCAUAGUCCAACACGCGACCCCACUAAGGAUUCGAACCAGGGGGAUCGAACUCAGAGCGCAAACUACUGUGUCUGGAGCUUUAACAAACAUAAGUUUUCAUCCGCCAGACGGCGCUGCCACCCUGGAACGAGUUCCACUGUCGAUAGGCUGCGAGGGUUUUGUGGAUUUCCUCUCAGUUGCACCGCGGCCGCCGGCGGGGUGGGUGCUGUCUGUGUCCCUCGCGAGCGUACGUCCCGAUUCCGUCUUUCUGACGGCGUGGGAAAUCGUGUUGAGUGCUUUC